AUGGCGGCGCAGAAGCGGAAGAGCGUCGACGUCGAUGAGAUCGACGCGGCCGCCGCGGCGGCCACGUGCGCGAACGGGUGCGGGUUCUUCGGCAACCCCUCGACCGCCGGCAUGUGCUCCAAGUGCUACCGCGAGCACGCCGCCACGGCGCCCACCGACGAGAAGAAGAUGGCACACCAGGCUGUUUACAACACGAGCGGCGGCGUCUUCGCGCCCGCACCCCGCGGCGCGCCGCCGGAGAAGAAGGCCAGGAUCAUGUGCGCCGCCGUCGCGCCGUCCCCAGACGGUGGCGUUGCUGACGGUGCAGCAGCGGCUGCCGAGCCAGCGACGGCCGCAGGCCCCGCGAAGCCGGCGGCGGCGAACCGGUGCACGGCGUGCCGCAAGAAGGUCGGCCUGCUGGGGUUCCGGUGCUGCUGCGGGGAUACCUUCUGCGGCGCGCACCGCUACGCGGAGAAGCACGGCUGCAGCUUCGACUACAAGCGCGCCGGCCGCGAGCGGAUCGCCAAGAACAACCCGGUCGUGGUCGCCGACAAGAUCGCCAGGAUCUGA